AUGUUCUGGCUUCAAAAAUCUCGAAAUACUUGGCUAAGGGAAGGAGAUCGGAACACUAAGUUUUUUCAUCUGUCUACUGUCAUCAGAAGAAGAAGGAAUAAGUUGGAAGGGUUGAAUAAUGAUGAUGGGGUGUGGGUGAUUGAGAAGAGUGGUAUGAAGCAGAUUGUUUAUGAGUAUUUUCAAGGGUUGUUUAACGUCUCUGUCUCAACUGGUGCGUAUUCUUUGCUUCCUUAUUUGUUUCCUCAGCUUGAUUGUGAUGAGUUAGCCAGUUUAAGUGUCAUUGUCACGGAAUUAGAAAUUAAACAUAGUUUGUUUGCUAUUGGAGGCCUUAAAACCCCUGGGCCAGAUGGUUUCCCUGCUAUUUUUCAUCAGAAUUUUUGGGACCUCUGUUCUAGUGAUAUCAGCUCAGUUGUUAAGGAUUGUUUUAUAUCUGCCUCUCUUCCUGAGCAUCUCAAUGAUACCUUGAUUGCUUUGGUCCCUAAGGUGGAAAAGCCUACUUCUAUGCCUCAGUUAAGGCCUAUCAGUCUGUGUAACACUCUUUAUAAAGUGGUUUCUAAGAUUCUUGUGGCAAGACUUAGACCUCUUAUGACUAAGCUUGUUAGUCCCUCUCAAGUGAGUUUUGUGUUAGGCAAACAUAUUAAUGAUAAUAUUGUUGUGGCCCAGGAAAUGUUACAUAAAUUUAAAGUUUCGAAUGGGAAAAAAGGUUUUGUGGCUUGGAAAAUUGAUCUAUCCAAGGCAUAUGAUCGUUUAAGCUGGAAUUUUAUUAGGGAAGUGCUUUGGGAAGUUGGUAUUCGAGGCAGGAUUCUUGAGCUUCUUAUGAGUUGUAUUUGUUCUGUCCAGUAUAGAGCUGUCCUUAAUGGUGAGUUAACUGAAACUUUUGUUCCUAAAUGUGGGAUUAGGCAAGGUGAUCCUCUUUCCCCUUAUAUUUUUGUCUUGUGCAUGGAGAAACUUUCUCAUCUUAUUCAUCAAAAAGUUCAAGAUAAUAUCUGGAAGCCUGUUCAGAUCUGUCAAAGGGGUCCUAUGGUGUCGCAUUUAUUCUUUGCUGAUGAUCUCAUCCUUUUUGGCAAAGCUUCUGUUGCUCUUGCUAAGGUUAUGAAGCAAUGCUUAGAUGAUUUCUGUAAUCUCUCUGGUCAAAGGGUUAGUUUUAAGAAAUCUGCGAUUUGUGUUUCCCCAAAUACCUGCUCUGAUUUAGCCCGCCAAGUUGCUGCUAUCAGUGGUUCUCCUCUUAUUGAUUGUCUUGGUCAAUACCUUGGGGUUCCUUUGAUUCAUAAGAGAGUUACUAAGGCUACUUAUCUUGAGAUUGUUGAGAAGGUUCAAAGAGUCUGCGUGGAAGAGUCAUACUCUUUCUAUGGUUGGUAG